UUAGUAAAAUAGUACAUUUCUGUCAGGGUUCAAAGUCGGGGACACAUACUCAUCACGAAUAGAAAUGGCAAUGGGCAUCAUGAAGAAGAGUACGUUUUCAGCACCGAGGAGAUUAAGUUUCUUCCGGAUGCCUUUAGAAACAUCCAACAUCGGAUCAGAAUACUCGGACCCUGAUAUUCAUGUCUCAAGCAAGGUCCAUCAGUUGACCAAAGAACAGAUUACAGAAUUUAAGGAGACAUUCCUGUUAUUCGAUAGUGAUGGAGAUGGAACUAUAACAACCAAGGAGCUAGGUACUGUGAUGAGAUCUCUGGGCCAGAACCCUACCGAUGCCGACCUCCACGAUAUGGUAGCACUAGUGGACAGUGACGGAAAUGGUUCCAUAGAUUUCGACGAGUUUCUCCAUCUCGUAGCGAAGAGAUUACAGGAAGCAGACAUAGAGACAGGCCUGGUAGAGGCAUUCCGUCUGUUUGACAAAGAUGGCAAUGGCUUCCUUACUGCUAACGAACUACAGAGUGUUGUAGCCACCUCUGGGGAAAGUCUUACCACCGAGGAAGUUGAUAUGUUGAUGAACGAAGCGGACGUUAACAAUGAUGGUAAAGUGAAUUACAAAGAGUUUGUCAAAUUGAUGACCGGAAACUGAAGACCAACGCACAUAAACACUAUCCUCACUAAAGUGUUAACUGUAGACAACGUGAUUCAUCGUUAUGCCGUUCAAUGUGCUGUGAAAACUACAACCAUGUGUUUUAUAGAUAUAUUUCGUGACAUUCUUUAGUCCUGGAAAAUCUUGAUAUCUAAAGGUGGUAACGGUUUGAUGUUGGAGAGGAUGAAUACUGUGUACACUCAAAACAUUUCAGAUCAUUGCAAAUUACCUGAUAACACUCGGCGAUACACAUAUUUAUCAUACCUCAAAACAUCCGAAUGUAAGACGGAAAUUGAUGAAGUUAUUUCCUCAGUUCCUGUUAUUGUCAUUUGAGUAUGAGUUUGACCUUAUAUGUUGAUGCUGCAGUAAAUGUUCCUUAUUUUGUUCCUCAUAUUAUCUUUAAUCUCAAACCUAUCCUUAGAGGGUUUGGUGACAUUUUUCAUUCAUCCAUGUGCGACAACCACAAAUAAAUAAAAUUGUUU